GUAAAUUUGGAUGACCAAUUUCCAUGACCAGUGUUUUUACAGUGGACAAGCUGUUUAGCCUACUGUUUUUUGUCUAUUUCGCAUGACACCUUUUUAGAUAUAUUGUAACACAAUGUCGUGUUAUCAGAGAAGAAUUACAAUGUUGACAUUGUAUGUGCGAUCUUCGGACACAGUAGCAGGAGGAUGCAAGAUGUAACGGAUUUCGGAAGUAGUGAAAGAUUUAGGACACAAACGAAUGCUUCAGGUACAUUUCUUCGUGGAAGUCACUGUAUUCUCUAUUUUCCUCUGUUUUACACUAGAAUAUAGGCCUAUAUUUCGGAUACAACGUCUACAACAGCUCCCUUUAAAUUUUUAUGGGUUCCACAAUGUAACCCAUCGUGAAAAUCCAUGCCAUUCCGCUAUCCCGGGGGACAGCAACGAUAUACAUCCCGCGUUCUGUAACUCCCUACUCUCAUGGGGAACUUUACAGAACGCAUUUGGAAAUGAUCGACCUAGAGACUCUCCCAGACCAUUUCAACACGACCCUGGUGGAAAAUCAGCAGAGCCGAGUUUGAAGAAGAUGAAUGGACAACAAGGGCAAUGUGGGCCCUUGGCUUUCUGUGCUGAAGAGGGUCCUGUUCGUUCUGUGGCCUCAGCAGCAGGCCCCUGGGGACAGUCCCUCUAUGCUUCCAUAAGCCACCUGGCUAACAUCAUGCAGCAUAGAGCCCGGAGCCGCAGGAGGAGCCUCACCAGAUACAUCACUGGUUACACUCUGCCUCAGGUUCAGAGUGCUGCACAGCCAUCAGCGUUUGGACUCAAAUUUCACAAAUGUGCCCAGGUGGAGGUGGGGACUGAGUUCCCCCAUCUGACAUUCUUCCUGCUCAUCCACAACAUCGGGCCUCCGGGGGGCACCAACCUGUCCCAGCUGGCCAUCAGGGACUCCGUAUCUGGGAUAGCACCCCUUCAGAGUGUGGGGAUGGUGGUUGAGAAAGGCUUCCAGACCUUCACCAUUGACUCACUUCCAGCUGGGUCUCAGUAUGUUGUGACUUAUACUGCCCUCAUCAAGGGUCACAAGAGUGAAAUUCUGGACCUGCCAGCCUUCCUAACAUUCUCCAAUGCUUCACUGAAUGACGUCAAUAUGUUUGGUCCAGUGGUGGCUAAUUUGACACUGAGGGUGAACUCCACGGACAAGAUUCACCCCAAUCACGGGGUCCACUUUGCUGGGUUUGUUGGGGGAUUCUUCCUAUCCUUGUUGCUGCUGUCCCUAGGAUUUCUGGCUAUGAACCUGAUAUGUGCCAGAGCCAGGAAAACCUCUCUGCAGCGAAGGAAAAAGCGAGGUGAUUCAGACCCUGAGUAUGCAGUGUGCAACAUGAGCGAGACGGCCAAAGAAGAGGCGGCAUUCGAGGACAAGAUGGUGGACAUUAUGGUGCUGGAAGACCCCCAGAACAUGUAUCAAGCUCUGGAGAACCUGGAGAUGUCCAGCCUGCUGCGGGCCACCUCUAGCCUGGAGAGCAGCCGUGUCCAGAUGUACAAGGACGUGAUCGCCGCCCUGCUGGCCGCGCUGUGCUCCCAGAAUCACAUGUCCCAGCAGGCCGAGCAGCGCCUCCUGAGCGUGCUCCACGGCCAGCUGAUGGGCAUGGAGGGCAAGCUGAAGGAGGAGCACGUGGCGCGCAUGGCAACCCUGGCGGCCCAGUGUAACCUGGAGACCCGGGAGCAGAUGGAGGCCGAGCACCGCAGGGAGGCCCAGGAGAAGGCCCGGGCAGAGGUGCUGUUUCAGCACGCCGGCCAACAGGAGCUCCUCCAAUGUGGUGUCCUCCUGGAGAAGCUCCACAAGCUGAAUCAGAGUCAGCUCCAGCGCACCCUGCUGGCGAGACAUGAGGAGGCAUCUGCCAAGGUCCAGAGGCACAUAGUGGAGUGGAGGAAAGUAGAGCUGCACCAGAUCUUCUCAGAGGAACUGGAGGAAGCCACCAGGAUGGGCGAACUGGAGAAGACCGUGGCCAGGAGUCUCCUGCAUGACUACUUCACCUACCAGAAUCAACUGGAGGAGGUGCUGGACGUGGUCCUGGCCAACCAGCGUUGCAUGCUGGGAGAGCGCCAUGCCCAGAGGAGGUUCCUGGUGCACAGCCUCCACAGCCUGAAGGGCCUCAUCUCUGAGACCUUCUCCAAGACCUCUAGCCAGAUAGAGAGCUGCUUCAACCAACACAGGAGGGGGAGCGAUGUGUCUGGGGAGCAGGUGGAGCUGCUGCUAGACAAGGCCCAGAAGCAGCUGGUGCUGGUGAAGCAGGGGCUUGACGAGGCUCUCAACCGGGAGAGGAGGGCCAUGCACUGUGGCCUGGUCAAGAAGAGGAGAGACCUCAUCUCUGACAUGCUCCAGGGCCACAAGCAGCGUCAGAAGGAGCUGUCGUCCCUGUCCCGGGGGGGUCUAGAGGAGGACAGGGUGGAGGUGAAGCCGUCCCAGCAUCUCCACUGCUGGCAGAACUUGCUGACCUCCCAGUGCCUGGAGCUGGGUGAGCUCAUCAACAACCUGGAUGAAGAGGCUGCCGCCGACAUCCGCAAGGUCACCAUGCGUGUGAUCCACAGCCCCAUGGCGGAGGUGAAGGCCAUCCAGCCUGCUGCUGCCCAGGCUCUGCUGGCCCUGGGUACCCCCCGUGGCCCCUUCCAGCAGCCAGAGCAGGGUGCCCACACAGGGGCCAGCAGCAGCAACCUGUCCCAGGCCCAGGAGAGGCUUCAUCUGGAUGGCAAGGCGGCAGUGAGGACCCUCCAGGCCUCCAGGGACUCCCUGCACCAGGGCAUGGGGAGGGAGCUACAGGAGCAGCAAGAACUGAGGGCUAAGGGUCGGGCCUUCUAUAGGUCUCUGUGUUCGUCCCAGCUCACCUUAUCAGAUGAAGAGUUACUGCGUAUGAAGCUGGAGUUCCAGAACUGUCUGUUCAGGAUGGACCACUGUCUGGUGCUGCCUCACGCCCUCUCCCGCUCCAAACUGCAGACCGCCCUGUCCACCUGGAGGAAGGAGAUGGGGGAGCAGGCUGAGCAUCCACAGCCCACGGAGAAGAAGACGAGGACUAAAGGGAAAUUCACUGAGGCCAGACAGAGAGCAGACCCCUCAGAGCUGCUGCUCUUCCAGAAGAAGAUGGAAGACAGGAUCCAGCUGUUUGAGAAAGAAAAGGAAAAGGAGAGCACAGCCAUGGAGAAGGUCCUGGAGGAGAUGCGUAGUGAGCGGGAGGUAGAGCUCCAGCACCAGGCAGACGGCCUGGCCGUGCAGAUGGCUGCCCUCCACUAUCAGAAGGUUGAGAGGAGGACCAGGGUCCUGGAGUCCUCCAGAGCUCUGCUUAGCAUCCAGAGCCUGCUCACUGAGGAGCUGCGUGCCAGCAGGAGCCUGGGGGCAGCCCCCAUAGCCCAGAGCAUCCAGAACCACUGUCUGGUACGUACAGGUUUGGAAGAAGCCGAGCUCCAGCUCCAGAGAGAACAUGCAGAGUUGGAGAGUCUGGAGACUGGACCAACCAGACUGACCCAAAACAGACCACCCAAAGACCCAGACCACUCUGAUCAUGAAGAGGAGGAGGGAGACGAAGAGGAAGGGAGGCUGUUUCACAUAGAGUGUGACAGUCGCAUGGCCACUAUCCUUCACGAGGCGCUAUACAAGUGUGAUCAGGUCACCGGUCUGCAGACAGAGAGGCUACAAGAGGCCAAUGCAAGGAGUCAGGCUAUGGAGGAUCUCAAGGAGCAGCUGGAGCUGAAGAGACUCUACACAAACUGUGACCAGGAUCUGGAGUUUGCAGCCAGGCUAGUGAGGCAGAGCCAGGUCUCCGCUGAGGUUCUCCUAGAGGCUCUCCGUCUCCUCCUCCCAACCCUCCCAGAGUCAGAGCUGCUGUCCCUCAUCAACGCCCUCUGCCCCAAGCAACCUGUCCUUCCAGCUUCCGCAGAGCAGGAGAGCAUAGGGUGGCCAGGGGGAGCUGGUAAAUCUCUGCUUGUCAGACUGAGGGAGGAUAUGGUGGGGAGGAAUUUCUCAGCCCACACGACGGACCAGGACCGAAACCAGUUCCAGGAGAAGAGGCAGAGCCUGCUGGAGAGGCUGUUCCUCAAUCCCAGACCCGAGGCUCCCAGGGACGUGAUGCAAGUGUUGGUCCAGGAAAAGGGGAGGGAGGGAGUUCUUCGACCCACUCCACAACAACCCACUCCCAAACCAGUCGCGACUGGAACGAGCCAAACCACAACCUCGGAGCAGCUCCAAGACUCUGUUCUGAUUUCAGUGGGAGGAGGAGUAGAGGUGGACAGUGAAACUGUGUUUGACUCUACUACUGUAACAAAAACCUCCACCUCUUGCCCGGCCAACGAUGCAGUAGUACAGGACAUCCCUACUACGGGAGAGAGGGUGUUUGUGUUCCGUGCCCCGCUGGAGCCCCAGAACACCACGGCGGCCACCAACAGGAAGAGGAAGAAGAGGAACUUCCUUAAUCUGAAGAAGGGAUCGGUGGCCCCCACGGACCAACCCUGAGUUUGUUGGUGGUUUCAGAGGACCAACCCUGAGUUUGUUGGUGGUUUCAGAGGACCAAUUCUGGGCACAGAAGAUUCCUACUGAUCAUAUACUGUACCCCUAGCCUGGUCCCAGAUCUGUUUGGUGUGACAAGAAACAAAUAAGUCAUUACAGAUGACAAUGGCCAAAACAGCAUAAAAAGAUCUGGGACCAGGCUAGGGGAACCCUGUUAGAUUCUGCUAUGUGGUCUUAAAUGUCCCACCAGUAUGUUACUCACUGAUGGUAUGAAAAAAAUGAACAGAAUGAUUGAUAAUAAUUUUGUCUAAAUAGUCGGCAGGUAGUCUUUAGGCAGCUAGUUUUUAUUAGAACUGAUGAGUUGCACGUCUUGUUAAAUACAUAUGUCUUCACCAUUAGCAAUAUUUUAACAAAUUAUAUGAAUACAAUUAUGAUAAAUGAAUACAAAUGUUAUCAACAACA